AUGUCAUCUCAAGUUACGCAACUAGGCAACGGGAGAACAUGGACAUUAGGAGAUAAAUUUGAGGCGAAGUCCCCUCAUCACGAGGGGGUGAAGGCAUUAUGGGAGACGAAAUGGAAAUUUCCCUGCACAAAAAGUGUAUAUCCUUUCCAUGAUGGAAAAUUCGAAGACUUCGAACCCAUAUUUGAGCAUCUAAUUGCCAAUAACAUAAACGAUGGGUAUGGUGAUGCGUACACUGAAGCUUUUUUUGCAAUUGCCGAGAAGCUCACGACGCAUGGAGAUGAAGCCGUAACUUCUGGCAAUCAAACCUUGGCAUCCGAGUUUUAUCUACGAGCUGCUUGUGUUUAUCGAAUCGCUCGAUUUCCGUACAUUGGCAAAUUCCCCAAGAUAAGUUCUCAAGUCAAAUGGAAGGCGUGGGAAGCUCAAAAGGAAGUUUACAUGAAAGCUGCUACGAAAUGGAGUUGUCCAUUCGAAGAAGUUUCGAUCAAGCAUAGUUGUGCCGAGGGGCAAGAUGAACUUGAGAUUCCAGUGUAUGUGAGAUAUCCUGCUGAUGCUAUAGGCCGGAAGGUUCCCGUGGUGCUUCUUUUGACCGGACUUGAUGGAUAUCGACCGGAUAAUACAGCUCGAAGCGAUGAAUUCAUUAAUCGUGGAUGGGCAUGUGUGAUUGCGGAGAUCCCUGGAACUGCUGACUGCGCUUCUGAUCCAAGUGACCCCUCAUCUCCUGAUAGAUUGUGGACCAGCAUUCUAAACUGGAUGAAAUUAGUAGAGUUAUUUGAUAUGAGCCAUGUGAUGGUCUGGGGCUUGAGUGCUGGUGGAUAUUACGCUGUAAGACUUGCUCAUACACAUAAGGAUCGCUUGAGAGGAGUGGUUGCACAAGGGGCAGCAGUUCAUUACUUCUUCGGCAAAGAUUGGCUUGAGAAGGCUGAAGGACAUGAGUAUCCUUUCCAGCUCGGCCCGGCCAUGGCACUAAAGCAUGGCUAUACGUCCGUCGAAGAAUUCAGAGAUACCGUACAAAAGAAGUUCUCCCUACUGGAGACUGGAAUAAUCGAUAAACCUUCGACAAGAUUACUGCUCAUCAAUGGAACUUUGGAUGGACUGAUGCCAAUUGAGGACUCACAAUUACUGUUUGAACAUGGAACACCCAAAGAAGCUCGUCUCAACGAAGAAAAAACAUUUGAAAUCUCGCAUUCGGCCUGCUGUUUCGCCGAUGGAGAGGAGGUGACAGAAACCAUGGCUAGUAACGUUGAAACUCACUCUUCAACGUAUAUAAGAGUAUCAAGAUGCAUUGCAAGUAUUAUACGUUUUCAUCGAGCCAAUGCCUCCAAAGAAGGUUUGUGUCCGCAAGUCAUCAUCUCAUGUUACCGUCUUCGGCACCGAUGGUCACCUAAAGCACAAUCAUAUGCUCAAUUACAGAAAGAAGAAUAUGUGAGAAGGGUGCUGGAUCAUAUGAUUGAGGUCCAUAUGCUGGUGAAAGUAUCUCGAACGGAUACACCGUCCGUCAGAAAUUUACCUGCAACGAUAGAGCAAAGUUACGUUCUAGACUCUAAAUGUGAGAGGGAAACUUGUAGACCGGGCGAAUCAUGUGAUGACCUACUCAGCUCAGGAAUAUUCGGCCCUAAUCAAAUAGUAUUUGAUUCAAGCCUUGCGACACCAAGUAACGUAGGUCGGGAAUAUGUCUCCAUGAGUGAGCUGGAACCAAAUGCUUCACGCCUGCUCUCCCCCGUCAAUACAAACACUCUUGGCUCUUCCAUCGAAAUGAAAAGUAACAAACGGCGUCGUAUAUCCGGUGUCAAUGGAGAUUCGAGUGCUACGAAGUCCUUAAACACUGGGAAAGAGAAUCAAGUCAACUCGCCAUCGUCAACUAUACUUUCAACAACGCCUAGACAUUAUCAGGGGGAAUCAUGGUCACGAAUCUCCGAUGUUACCAGUUCGAAUGAGACUCGGUUGAAUGCUGAAAAGCUUGCAAGUUGCCAAUCUUCCUUGGGUAACUCAAGGGCUUCAAGAAUUGAGUGUCAUGACUGCAAAGAACGGCUCUACAAGAUUCAUUAUCAAAAUUGUGAUGUUUCAAAUAUGGAGUGGCAUGCAAAAUCGACUGUACAUGCCGAUAGGGUAGAGAUAAGGAUUGCUGAAUCGGGAGGUCAGGCAAGUCUCACGGAUGAGGUGAGGAAAAGACGAGAAACUCUCGGGGCUGCCAAAACAACUGCCCCACACAGGUUCCGCAGAUCGCAGCCUAGACCUGUAGCUCUAAUACAGCCGGCGGUCCCAGCGAAUUCAACACCGCAACAUCCAGGCGCCACAUGGAAUGCAUCGAUUCUAAAAGGAAUACCCCAGCAGCUUCGACCAGAUAGCCAAUAUCAGCAAUCUCCCAUGCCAACCGAUAAUCUACCCAACACUCAACGAGAAUCCGAACUAGAUAGCCCCAGCGUAACUCCACCUAACCCCCGAAUCUACAUCAAGGAACCCUAUCGAAACGGACGACGCCUCUCUCAACUGCAAGAAUUAGAGGUGCGCGUGCAGGGCUUAGAACAAGAAAACAUCACCCAUGAACGCACCAUAUCCAUGCUACAAAACAAACUCCGAACCCAACAACAAGUCAACACUACCCAUCAAUCCGUCAUCAAAGAUCUCAUCCUCCGAAUCCAAGCUCUAGAGAAGAAAGACGAGCAAGGUGAGCCGGAACUCACCAAUCUCAAAUGUCAGAUUCCAGUGUUGCAAGCGAGAGUAAACGAGAGGGAUAGAGAGGAUAAUCAAGUGGCACAGAGAUUUUUUUAUCUAGAAAAUGGAAUGGAGAUGGUUAAUGGUCAGAUCUCGCAUCUGAACUCGGCUUUUGCUUUUGACAAUCGGGUGGGAAACGUGGUUGGAGAUGCAGAUGAAGAUGUAUUAGAAGCUCAAUUUUCGUCGGAUCGGAAUGUUGAUGUGGUUAAACGUUCUAGAGGACGGCCUCGAAAAUCGUUUCAUCAGUGA